UUUAAAUCAUUAUUUUUGACUAAAAUACAAUUUUUUUUCUUCUGUUACAAAAGAUUCUGUUUUACGGAUAGAGACAAAACUUUUUUCAACAAUGGCUGAGAUGAUAAAUGUUUUGGUUUUUCUGCUUCGUGUGAAACACAUAGAUCUCUUUGAAGACGAUGAUAAGAAGAAGAAGAAGUGAAGAACCAUUUGCUCGACUCCUUUGAUUAGAAAACUUUCUCAUUCUUUGUUCUUCUCAACCGGGAAAGUCAACAUAACCGGCACUCGGGCCCAUUGCUUCUUCGUCAUCUAUCUAUCAACGGAUUUCAAAGAGGGCAUCAUAAGCUUUCUACCAGGUUUGACCAACCUUAAAGCUUUGAACACCUCUAGGAGUGAUUGCUUUCUUGUUGAAACAUUCUGAGUGCAACGUGCUGAGAGAUGAUGGCUUGUUUCUUGCGAAAGAAACGGUGUAUGAAAGGUAAACUCUCAUGGAAGUCGAAGAAGAGAGAUUUGUCUCCUUCAGGUAACUGGGCACUUGAAGAUGAUGAUGUUGAAGGGAAGAUCGUGUUCUUUGGAGGAAGUAACUAUACCUUUGAUUUGGAUGAUUUGUUAGCUUCAUCUGCUGAAAUUUUGGGGAAAGGUGUUUUUGCUACAACCUACAAAGUAGCUGUGGAGGACACGGCCACGGUAGUAGUGAAGAGAUUUGAAGAAGUGGUUGUGGGAAGACGAGAGUUUGAGCAACAAAUGGAGAUCGUCGGUAGAAUCAGGCAUGAUAAUGUGGCUGAGCUUAAAGCUUACUACUAUUCCAAAAACGAUAAGCUCGCUGUUUACAGCUAUUACAGUCAAGGAAACCUAUUCAAGAUGCUGCACGGAGAUAAAGGAGAGAACGGAGUACCUCUAGAUUGGGAGUCCCGGUUAAGAAUCGCCAUUGGUGCAGCAAGAGGGUUGGCUAUAAUCCAUGAAGCAGACGGCGGGAAGUUUGUCCAUGGGAACAUCAAAUCCUCCAACAUCUUCAUCGACUCGCAAUGCAAUGGCUGCAUAUGUGAUCUCGGCUUAACACUCAUCAUGAGAUCUCUCCCUCAGACUAACUUGCGUUCUUCGGGUUACCACGCACCUGAGAUAACAGACACGAGAAAAUCCACACAGUUCUCUGAUGUAUACAGCUUCGGUGUGGUAUUACUGGAGCUCCUAACAGGGAAAUCACCAGCGAGUCCACUAUCACGAGAAGAAGACAUGGACUUGGCGAGCUGGAUAAGGUCAGUGGUUUCGGAAGAGUGGACAGGAGAAGUAUUCGACAUAGAGCUAAUGAGGCAAAUGGGUAUAGACGAGGAAAUGGUAGAAAUGUUGCAAAUAGGUUUGGCUUGUGUUGCCUUGAAACCUCAAGAUCGACCUCAUAUAACACAUGUUGUAAAAAUGAUACAAGACAUUCGAACAAUUGAAUGAUGCAGAAUGAGAAAUCAUAAGCCUUAAA